GAGCUCCUGAGAGCGACCCAUUCUUUCACCAAUGUUUGUAGAAGCCGUCUGCAUGCCUAGGGGGCUUGAUUGUAUACACACCUGUGUCCAUGGAGGGGAUUGGAACACCUGAAUUCACAUGAUAUGGAGGGGGAUUGGAACACCUGAAUCACAUGAUAGGGAGGGGAUUGGAGCACCUGAAUCAACAUGAAAUGGAGGGGAUUGGAACACCUGAAUCACAUGAUAUGGAGGGGAAUUGGGAGCACCUGAAUCACAUGAUAGGGAGGGGAUUGGAACACCUGAAUCACAUGAUAUGGAGGGGGAUUGGAACACCUGAAUCACAUAAUAUGGAGGGGAUUGGAACACCUGGAUCACAUGAUAUGGAGGGGAUUGGAGCACCUGAAUCACAUGAUAUGGAGGGGAUUGGAACAACCUGAAAUCACAUGAGAUGGGGGGGGAUUGGGAACACCUGAAUCACAUGAUACGGAGGGGAUAACACCUAAUCACAUGAUAUGGGAGGGGAUUGGAACACCUGAAUCACAUGAUACGGAGGGGAUUGGAACACCACUGAAUCACAUGAUACGGAGGGGAUUGGGACAACCUGAAUCACAUGAUACGGAGGGGAUUGGAACACCUGAAUCAACAAAAUACGGAGG